GUAAAUAACACAUAAGAAUCCUUCCUUCACAGUCUUUACGAUAUCAAUUAGAUUAGAAUUCCAUCAUGUCAAACUUCUUCAGCUCGAUAAAAGGGUUUGGUAGAUCCUCCAAAAAGAACAAACAACAGAAGGACCAGGCAUCUCUAUACUCGAGUAAUAACAACUCACACCUCUCACUGCGAAGAUCUCAAUCACCAGUGAAGAUUUCACAACAAGGUCAUCAGCAGCACCCUCAGCAACAUGCACAGUCACAGAUACAACAACAAACAGGUCUUGCAAUCCAACAAAAUGUCCUUCCACUGUUUCUAUGUGAACCAUUUGUGAGAACUGCUCUGGUCAAAGGUUCUUUUAAGACCAUCGUUCAACUGCCCAAAUAUGUCGAUCCUAAUGAAUGGGUAGCACAGAACAUAUUUGAAAUGUACAACAAUUUGAAUCAGUUUUACGGUGUCAUUGGGGAAUACGUCAAGCCAGAAUUGUUCCCAACAAUGAACGCCGGUCCUAAUACGGACUAUCUCUGGGUUGACCAAAACGGUAAGACUACACAGCUUCCUGCCAAUCAAUACAUCGAAUACGUACUCUCUUGGAUCGGGCAAAAGAUCAACGACCAAACGCUAUUCCCCACGAAGAGCGGCGUUCCAUUCCCGCCUCACUUUAUCAAAACUGUCAAGAACAUUGCUAGACAAAUGUUUAGAAUAUUCGCACACAUGUACUAUAACCACUUCGAUAAGAUACUAAACUUGUCAUUGGAAGCACACUGGAACUCUUUCUUUGCGCAUUUUGUAUCAUUUGUCAAGGAAUUCGGUCUCAUCGAACAGCAAGAGCUAGAACCACUGUCACCGCUCAUUGAAAACUUUGCUCAGCAGGGGAAAAUUAUCAGUUGAAGCUCUACAUACGUACACUUCCAUGAACUUUUCAUAUAUUUGUUUUUCCUUUACGCUUUUCUUCACUUAGAACUCUACACUAUUUCUCCGCCUCUCUGAUCA